AAAAAUCAAAACAAAAUGUGAUCGAUCAGGUGACGACCCGAAAGGCAUAGUUUUCCUUCGCCCGCGACUAAACUGGAGCCCCAAAAUACCGAAAUGACUCCAAAUCCGAAGGAAAACAAGCUUAAACCGGGUCCUUCGGAGGAGUCCAACAGCAGCGGGGACGAGCGCCAGCAGGUAGCAUCCGGAGAAGAGAACGAAGAUGAGGAAAUUGAUGUUCCACUGGAUGAUUUCGACUCGGUCAAUUCGUAUCUCGAUUCGCUGAAUUCGGCCCUGGAUGCGAUCGAACAGCGCAACGACGAUCUCAAAGAUCAACUGCUGAAUCUCCUGCAGUCGAACCGCGAAAUCCGUCAAUCAAUGCAGGAGGAGAACGCUAAGCGCUCUGGUGGUGGUAGUGCUCCGGAACCGGAAACCACCUCCGGAGAAUCCAUGCAACAUUGAUUAUACUCCUGCAUUCCCCGUCUGCGUACUUGCAGAAUAAAAGUAUUGUUAAUUAGCUG